GUGCUCAAUGAUCAUUGAUCCAGCAACCUCUACUGAGGUUGCCGUCAAAUCUAUCAGGAUAACGGACAUACGCAAUGAAGAAGCUAUCGAAAAAGCGAAGAAGAGACUUCGCCGCGAAGUAGCUGUGUGGAUCAGAUUGAGACAUGCGCAUGUUCUCACUCUUCACGGCACGGUCUCUGGUUUUGGACAACUGCCUGCUCUUGUUUCUAAAUGGAUGCAUAACGGGGCACUUGAUGGCUACCUGGAGCGCACGAGCCUCACUAUGGAACAGAAACUAAAGCUGUUGAAACAGGUGGUGGAUGGCUUGAAAUAUCUUCACGAACAGGGAGUAAUUCACGGGGACCUGACCAGUACAAAUGUUCUGAUCGAUCGCGAUGGCAAUGCAUUUUUGGCAGAUUUCGGUCUCUCCGUGGCUCUCGCAGAAGGUGACAGAUCGUACUACAACUCGUUCGCGAGUGGUGCUGUCCGGUGGUUAGCACCCGAAUUGAUCGGCUCACUGGAACCAGAAAGCAAUCUGGAUAACAGUCACAGCGAUCUCGACUUCCAGAAACCGAACGGUCACAGCGAUGUAUUUUCGCUCGGUUGCAUCAUGCUACAUGUCUUCUCGGGUAAACCUCCCUUCUGGUGGCUUAGAAAUGUUCGACAGCUAUUCAGUGCUCGGUUCAAGCGCGUAGAGCCAUAUCAGCUCGAACCAAGUGUGACCAUUAGCCACCAGCAUUUGGAUUUCAUGCGCAAAUGUUGGUCAGCCAAGCCGGAGGUUCGUCCUUCCACUGGGGAUGCUGCCUCUUUUGUGGAAGACGAAUUGGCAAGAGUCCCCUCUCCCCAGUCCGACUAGCUCAACGAUGUAUGUCACGAUACGCUUUGGACUUGGAUUGUGGUUAUGGCUCCUAUAUACAAAUAUAUAACAUACAAGAGAAGGUGUG